AAUGAUGUUUUCAAGGUUAACUAACCAUUUAUUAAUGAUUAAAGUUUAGUUAGUAUAAUGUGUUACUCUUUGAUUCUGGUGUCGAGGAGUUGGCGUCUUUUUUUAUUUUUUACCUGAACUUUAUCGUGUUCCGAUAUGAAAAGUAAACAUCUGUGAGAUUUAUCAGGAAACACCCAGCAUUCACCUGCCAGCUCAGCUCUUGUUCUCUGAAGGACUUAAGUUCUUGUGUUCGCCUCACACGCUUCGUUUAUCAAAGCUUCGAUGAAGAGUCUGUAAAAGAUGAAAAUUUGAUUGGUUUCCUGGAUAAACACCGAUUCUGUGACUGUUUGCUUUAACGUAAGGUUUGUGUUUUCAGAGUCGCAGGUAUUCAGCAGGGAGUGGAGCUGAUGGAUCGGCUCACCUGCCGGUCAAGUUUCACACAAAGUCUUUAUGGUUUUUAUCACCUGAACGGAUCAGAGAUGUUCUGUUAAAGUUUAUAUCAGAAGCUUUAAACUUUCAGCUCCUCCAUCACAGCGACGUAAUGUCAGCUGAUCAACCUCUAAAUCAGCAGCUGGUUUGAAGAAAAUGUUGAAAGCCUCAGCACAUUACAGAUGAUUAACGUGAAAUAAAACCAUGAGUUUUUAUAACGCAGAGGGCCGCUCCUCUGCAGGGUCAAAGGUUCAGCUGGUGCCACCAAAGUAAACAUUGAAGCAGUUUAGAGUUUGGUUUCCUCCCUCCACGCUGGUAUAAAGUGAAACGAGGUGAAACGUUUCCUGUGGUUCCCUCGUCACCUCMUGCCGUCAUGUUUGUCGCUCCUGAAGGAUACCAGCCCGUUUACAACCCUAGUAUUCCCUAUCUCGGCCCGAUUCAUGGCGGCCUGAGGGACGGGGCGUCCAUCUUCAUCCAGGGCUCYGUUCCUAAAAACAUCACCAGGUUCCACGUCAACCUCCUGUGUGGAGACUCGGAGUCCAGCGACGUCGCCCUCCACUUCAACCCUCGCUUCGACGGCCGGGACAAGGUGGUCUUUAACUCCCGCCUGGAUGGAGACUGGGGGUCGGAGGAGAAGAUCCGCAAGAUGCCGUUCUCCAAGGGGAAGAGCUUCGAAAUGGCCAUCAUGGUCAACUCGCUGGGAUACCAGAUUAAAGUCAACGGGAAGGAUUUCUUCACGUUCGCACACCGUGUCCCAGUGAAACGGGUCCGUUCCAUUCAGGUCGCAGGAGACGUUUGCAUCCAAACCAUCAACGUUGUCGGGGGAGGAAGUCCAGGAGGUGACAUGGGGGGAGGAUAUCCAGGCUCACAUCUGCCGGGUAUGGGUGGGCAACCGGUCUACGACCCGCCUCUGCCGUACCGCAACAUGAUCCCAGGAGGGAUGAACCCAAAGAGAACCAUCAUCAUCAGAGGCCUGGUUCCUUACGGAGCCAAGAGUAUGGGGAUCAACUUUGUGGUGAGCAGAUCCCAGGACAUCGCCUUCCACAUUAACCCUCGAGUGAAAGAAGGUGUGGUGGUGAGGAACAACUGCAGUGGAGGGAAGUGGGGCUCAGAGGAGAGAGAGAUCAACAUGAACCCCUUCCAGGAAGGACAGUACUUUGAUAUGUCGAUUCGUUGUGGGAACCAGAGGUUCAAGGUGUUUGUGAAYGGGCUGCACCUGUUCGACUUCUCCCACCGGACCUCCUUCAGUGACAUCGACUGGCUGGAGGUCGACGGAGACGUCCAGAUCUCUUACAUCCACUUCUGACCCCUCACUCACCUGUGCAGGUCGACUCACCUGCUGUAACGCAUCACACAGAUGUUUGAAAUGAAUAAAACGAUCUCAGAGAGGA